ACAUCAUCUGCUUUCCGUCAAUUGCUAUUUUUUUGGUUUGCUGCUGUUGCAAAAGCGAUUCACCUAUGGCACAUUUUGUCGUUGCUGGACGCUCCAACGAUCCGGAAUUCGCAAGAGCUGAAGCCCUUGGAUGCCACCUCGCCCACAACCUCCCCAACUUUCGCGUCGAUAUCAUCAUGCUACCGCCACCAGAAUGGCCAGAUUAUCAGCGGACAGUGUACAUACAGAACGGAUGGGACCACCGGAUGUCCUUUGACCGGAAGAUGAAGACGCCGGAUCAGCUCGAUCAGAUGAUAUGGCGAAGAUCAGGGCAAUUAAUAGGCGAUACUUCGGAUUUUGUGAAGCUGAUCUGGCAUGCAUACCGGAUCCAACUCAAUCUACCUGACUCGUUACUAGUGGAGAUUGCCGAAGAAAAUCAUCGAAAUCUGCAGCUUGUUCGUGUUUGACGUCAGCGCAGGCGUUUUACUGCUCCCGCAAGGUGCCAUUUCGGUAGAGCCGCUGCUGAUGAAUUGCUGGGCUGCUAUGUAGCGCUUUGGGCAUCGUACACCGGCGGGCAGCGCUGCUACGGAUACCGAUGUGAAUAAAUGUAC